AUGGGUGAUGAAGAAGUUCAAGCUUUAGUUGUUGACAACGGAUCAGGAAAUGUAAAGGCAGGAGUAGCAGGAGAUGAUGCACCUCGAUCAGUUUUUCCAAGUAUAGUUGGUAGACCAAAAAAUCCAGGUAUCAUGGUUGGUAUGGAAGAAAAGGAUGCAUUUGUUGGUGAUGAGGCACAAACAAAAAGAGGUAUAUUAACCCUAAAAUAUCCAAUUGAACAUGGUAUAGUAACAAACUGGGAUGAUAUGGAAAAAAUAUGGCAUCAUACUUUUUAUAAUGAAUUAAGAGCAGCACCAGAAGAGCAUCCAGUAUUAUUAACAGAAGCUCCGUUGAAUCCAAAAGGAAAUCGUGAAAGGAUGACACAAAUUAUGUUUGAAUCAUUUAAUGUGCCAGCUAUGUAUGUAGCUAUUCAAGCUGUGUUAUCUUUAUACUCAUCUGGUCGAACAACUGGUAUUGUUUUAGAUAGUGGUGAUGGUGUAUCUCACACUGUACCGAUAUAUGAAGGAUAUGCAUUACCUCAUGCUAUAAUGAGAUUAGAUUUGGCUGGAAGAGAUUUAACAGAAUAUUUGAUGAAAAUAUUGCAUGAACGUGGUUAUGGUUUUUCUACGUCAGCAGAAAAAGAAAUUGUAAGAGAUAUUAAAGAGAAAUUAUGUUAUAUCGCUUUAAAUUUUGAUGAAGAGAUGAAAACCUCUGAACAGAGUAGUGAUAUUGAAAAAUCAUAUGAAUUACCAGAUGGAAAUAUUAUAACAGUAGGUAAUGAAAGAUUUAGGUGUCCAGAAGCUUUAUUCCAACCAUCUUUCCUAGGAAAAGAAGCGGCAGGAAUUCACACCACUACCUUUAAUUCUAUUAAAAAAUGUGAUGUAGAUAUACGUAAAGAUUUGUAUGGAAAUAUUGUUUUAUCCGGAGGAACAACCAUGUAUGAAGGUAUUGGGGAAAGGUUAACCAGAGAUAUUACUACACUUGCUCCAUCAACAAUGAAAAUUAAAGUGGUUGCACCACCGGAAAGAAAAUAUUCUGUUUGGAUAGGUGGAUCUAUUUUAUCAUCACUCUCUACGUUUCAACAAAUGUGGAUAACAAAAGAGGAGUAUGACGAGUCGGGACCAAGUAUUGUUCACAGAAAGUGUUUCUGA